AUGGUUACUGGACACCUCUUUCUUGGUCUGUUAACCGCUACCAAUGCUGAGAACCGCGUCGAUGGAUGUCUACAUUGUUCAGCCCCCGCGAUUCUCGGUGUAUUAGACGUGCCCACAGCAUAUGUUGCGGUCUGGCCUGGAGACCGAAUGCGGUUCCAAGGCAGGAGAAGAGAAGGGAGGAUAUCGAGAGAAGAUAAGCCAAGAGCCCUUAAGUCUGCUUCGAAUCCAUCGAAAGUAGAGAAGCUCGUCUACGACCACUCAGCACAACUUACUUCGUCUUCCGUCAACAUGCGACUGCUUGCUAUCGUGUCCACUGCCCUUAGCAUUCUCGCAAGCUCAGAUGUUCUUAGCGCCGCCGUCGAAGCCGCUACGGAGCAUUCUGCGCCACUUAUCCAGGUCAUGGUGGUCGGCGGUCGCUCGAUUACGAUUUCGACGGUUCCCGUUUCCAUUGCACGCCUUUCCAUAUUCCCCGCAACCGAUGCCAGAAACGGGACAUCCAAACCGCAAACGGCCCUCACGAAGCGGGCAGUUGGAAACGGCUGCGAAGUCGGAUGCGGUGGCAAUGGUGGGAGAACUGUUUACUAA